AUGGUAAGUUUACCAGCAGAAGAAGAUUACCAUUCAACUGACUCUGCCUCAACUUCAGAAUCUGGUACUAUAGACUUAUGGGGACAUCAUAAACAAUUGGCCCAAAAAUCUUUAAAAAAGUAUGUUGAUAAAACUAAUAUAGGAAAUCAAAAACAUUUAGGACCUGAAUUAACCAUGUAUUUAUCUACACCUGUAUCAUCAUUAAAAACUGAUCCAUUGAUUUCUAGGGAAGAAUUAAAACCCCUGUAUCCAUUUAUAUAUAAUUUAGCCUUAAAAUAUUUAUCCGGUGUCUGUACGUCUGUCCCAAGUGAAAGGCUUUUUUCUUGUGCUAGUAACACCAUAUCAAAAACAAGAAACCGAUUAUGUGGGAAAUCGGCAUCGAAAUUAAUUUUUUUAAACAAUCUGGACGAUCAAUUUUGGCCAUAA